AUGUUUUCCAUUGGCGAUCUCUCGGGUAUUGCUUCUGGCUCUGCGCGCCUCCCGCCACAAGACAUCCCCCAUCUGGCAAUAUUGUCGACUAGAGGAGGGCAGAAAGAUUCCGGCUGGCAAAUCGUGAAUUGCGACGCCCAACUCCAGCGGCUUGGGACACAUCGAGCGACAGUGGACGACCAACGACGGUACUUGUUUCAAGUCAGCCGGGAUUACCCCCUGCUGAUGCAAGCUGCGGUCUAUAGCGAAUACAGUCAUCAAUUUUUCGGCAGCGCGAAAAGCGACGAAGGGUCGAGAAGGCGCCUCAGGGCGCGUGUCCAAAACAUUCUUGACGAUUUUGCUGAAGACAUGCGCGUGCACGGUCAAACUCGCGUUCUUCUAGACGAGGUGCCUGAAGACGAAGAAAUCGGAGUAUGUAGCCGCUACAUUUUGCGAUCCGAUUAUAUCGAAGAGGUUAAAAACCUAAUGAAAAAGAGUCGUGGUCGCAAGUUGUCGGGCACAUUUAACCCCUUGAUUAUCAGCGAACUCUUCAAGGGGCAGUGUAAGCCUUGGCAAGGGCUCGUGGACAAAGUCAGGGAACAAGUCCUUCACGCCAUAGACAAGGUGACAAAUGCGAUCGUCACGCACGUGGCCGCCGGGGACACCGUCCCCGGUAUCCUCUCCAUCCUACGCAAUGCAAGAACCAACUCUAUUCGUGACCUUGACGCCAGGUUUGAAACUUUACUUGAGCCCCAUCUCAAUGGGCAUCCCAUUACAUAUAGCCAUUACAUGACUGACAAUGGGCUUGAAAAGGCAUUUCGAGACCUGGUGGGUGCUGAGAAUUUCAAGAAGGGUAAAAAGGUGGCGCUGUAUCCUCAUGAAAUGUUCACAGAGUUGAAGCGGCGCACUGAGGUUGGCAUGCAGCUAUACGCGGGACAACCUGCGACUGACUAUAUGGAGGCAUACAGUACUACAAGGUGCGUCACCCCAUCACUGGCAACGGGAGCCGAAACUGACAACCGAAAUGAGGGUGUAGCAGACUCAUCAUCCUCAGAAUAUCCCUCCGACGCUGUACAAUCCGACGGAGAGAUAGCCGAAAAGUUCACCACCGUAGAAGAGCCGCCGCCCAGCAAAGCCCGAGCGUGUACAAGCACCAUGAGUGCAACGGGGUUUGCCGAAACAAAUCCAUGCAUUGCUUGA